ACGAAACGGGCUCCCGAAAGAGCUGAGCAGACACAAGAGAGGAAAAAAAACAAGUGUUUAGCUACCAGAAACUCUCGUACGGGACCUGCUGAAAACCAAUAUCGUAUCUAAAGUAAAAUGGUUGAUAAGGGGUUUUAACUAGUGUAUUAAAUAUAUGGAAAUAGGUAACGAACUGUUAGCUUGAUAGCUAACUAUAUAAAACAAAACCGAGUUAAGAUAGCUAGCUGUCCUGUUAGCUAGAGUCUAACUUGUUAGCUAGCACAAAAAAGGAACUGGACAUGUUUGAGAAUUUCAGAGAGAGGUUACAGACGGUGCAUCAGGACUUUACAACGGGGAUAAAGACGCUGAGUGACAAAUCGAAGGAGGCCAAAAUAAAGAAGACACAGAGGAGAGAAGAAAGUCCACCACAAUACUCAGCAGGGGUGGACUUGCUCAGCCGGUAUGAAGACACCUGGGUGACCCUCCACAAAAGAGCUAAAGAAUGCGCAAAAGCAGGAGAGACGGUGGACGGAGAGGUGGUGAUGCUGUCAGCCCACUGGGAGAGGAGGCGGACGGCACUGAUCGACCUUCAGGAGCAGCUGCAGCAGAUCCCAGCUUUCCUCACUGACCUGGAGUCUGUCACCUCCCGCAUUGCACAGCUGGAAGGGGACUUUGAGGAGAUGGAGAGCCGUCUGCUGCAUCUGGAAGACCUGUGUGACCAGUGUGAGCAGCAGCGUGUCAAACACUACCACAUACUGCAGCUGGAGAACUAUAAGAAGAAGAAGAGGAAAGAGCUGGAGUCCUUCAAAGCGGAGCUGGAUGCUGAGCAUGCUCAGAAGGUGCUGGAGAUGGAGCACGCUCAGCAGGUGAAGCUGAAGGAGCGGCAGAAGUUUUUCGAGGAGGCGUUCCAGCAGGACAUGGAGCAGUACCUGUCCACGGGGUACCUACAGAUCGCCGAGAGGAGAGAGCCUAUAGGAAGCAUGUCUUCAAUGGAAGUGAACGUGGACAUGCUGGAGCAGAUGGAUUUGAUGGACGUGUCCGACCAGGAGGCCCUGGAUGUCUUCCUGAACUCCGGGGGAGAGGAUAACAGCGCAGCAUCCCCAGUGCAGGCCGGAUCAGGUCUGGAGCCCUUCCCUUCGGAGAUCACGCUCCAGGUGCCCACACAGGCGGAGCUCCGGCACAAGCUCUCCUCCGUCUCCUCCACCUGCACCGACUCGGCCAGCCAGGAGACCAGCGAGGAGAGCGGGGACUCGCCAGUGGUGCAGUCCGACGAGGAGGAGGUGCAGGCCGACACCGUGCUGACGGCGCUGCCCGAGCCCGAGCCGCUCAAGAACUCUGACGACAGCGACUCUCAGGCCACAUAGAGCCGCGGGGCCGCUGGA